UGUUAAUAGUAGGAAUAACAGCGUUGUGUCUGCUCUGUAACCAGCCUCAGUUUAUAGUCUGAGGAUGGAAGGAAGGAAGAAAUGACAUAGUAAACAUUAACGUUACAGGCUUAAAAUGGACGUGACUCGUCUGGAAACACAAUCAUCCUGAAUCACAGACGCUAAAAGACCGACUGGAAUAUUCUAAUCCUGGUUCCACGUGUUUAAUCCGUCAUGUAUCCUGCAAAGAGAGAAGCGGACAGCGUGCAUAGUGGGACUGGUGUGUUCUACCAGGCAAUGCCUGCUGUUGGAGCUGAUGGAAAGAACAUUAUGAAACUGAUUCCUGUACAAAUGGUUAACGGGAAGUUUGUCCAAACUCAAAUAAGCCAACCCAAAAUGGACCCUAAACCACAGAAUGCCAUAACCAUAAAGGAUACCUGUGAGCAUCGUCACAUGGGGAAAACGGCUGCUUUAAAUUCUUCAGCCACACAGCCAAUCAUCAGGAAGCCGGUUUACCUUGUGGAUGCCUCGUCUAAUCAAGUAGGUGUAACAGAACAAUGUUUGGCUCUUAGUAAUUCAUUAAAUAAGUAUCCACUACAACAACAGACUCUUAACUUAAUGGCAAAAAAAUCUUUGAUGGCAACACUUGGCACAAACUGUGAGAAGUCAACAAGACUCCCAGUCACUAUAAAAUCUCCAGCACUCCCAAGAGGACAGUACCUUCAGAUUCCCUCCAAUGCACAAGUCCAAACAGUCCCAGCGUCUGAACUCCCGCCAGGUAUCAAGAAACAGAUUUUUACUUCAUCAGCCAACUCUUCUUCCAGUGCGGUCUAUGUGUCACCUGUGACAACCGUAAAUCAAUGCACCACUCCACCAAGCAAUUCAGCACCUGGGACACUUUCAAAUACAUCAAAUAUGACCUCACCUUCAAACAGGCCACAUUUGAAAUUAAUUCCAAAGGUUUCACAAAGGCCCAACAGCCCCAUAAAGUGGGUGAUCGAAGAAGAAGAAGACAGCUUCAGAGGGUCAACUCUUGACCCUCUUAUUUCUCCUUCCAUUACUUCAGAGAUUCUUCGACCUGUUGCAGCGAGAGAUGUUAUCAACAAGCAUUGUGAAAUAACAAACGAGAAGCCCGUUUUUCCAUUGAGUCUGGCCAAAAGUGAAAAACGACAUGAAAACGCCUUGGUCGUGUGCAAUGGGAAGGUGUUUUUUGUGGCUAAAAAGUGUAGGCAACCAUUUAAAUUAAACAGCAAGGGAGCUGAUCCCCCCAAAGCAGCAACAAAAAGUUACCAAAUCAAGAAAACCAGCAUACCGCCAUCCCAAAAUUCACUCAGACAAGACUUCAGGAUUAUUAUUCCUGAUGAAUCAGAUGAUGUCAUUGACCUUUGCAAUGACGAUUGUCCAGAUGACUCAUCUCAAGAAGAAUCAUCAGGUUGUAUGUCGACCAUGACUCACGUGGAUGAGGACAAUGUAAUAUUUGUAUCGUAUAUUCCACCCAAAUCUGACUCUGGGCCAACACAAACUGUGAUACAAAACACACUUGAGAAGGAAACUGACCAGGCAAGCACACGGAAUGUACACUGUGUGAAGGAACAAAAGAGCCUGACGGACCCAACUAGUUCAGUCAGUGAACUCUUGACUGACGGUGGAACUCUCGUGGAUCAUCUAGCAACAAAUGACAAAGAUGGAAGAGCCUUUUUGAAACAGGGAAAACCUGGACAGAGUGAAGUCAAAAAUACACUCUGCAGAGCAACUACAACCAACACCUGGAGAGCAUGGAAGUGGAUCCAGAAACAGAGAGUUCAGCAGAUACCAGCACUCCUGACAGCAGCAUUGGAAUAUGUUCUCAAAAGGAGGACACCUUCGAAAUGGAGAUUCCCAUUGGAUAUUGAAACUGUUUUUGCUUGCUGUCAUCAUUCCUCCUGUUCAUACCGGCCAAGCUCUACAGAUGAGACAUUUUCACCGGCACCAAAACCAUUUCACAUGACCGAUGACCAGCUGAGGCAAAUAUUUGGGAUUACAGCUGCUGUGAACAUUUGCCUGAAGAGGAUUGACGAAUGUUCAACUGGGGCUGUACCUGAAGCGGCUCUGGAGAACAAGUCCAUGAGCAAACAGUCAGCAGAUGACAUUCAGACAACAAACAGAUUAAAAGAGAAAGCGCUCUUCUUACAAGACCUUUAUGAUCCACAAGAAACUGAAAGUGACAGUGGUUUUAUCAGUGUGAAAAGAGUGAACCUACUGACUGACCAGGAGUUUUCAGAAGACAUCAUCACAUCAGGCCUUCACACAGAUAUCAGACCAAUCAAAUGUUCUCUUUUCAAACAGACAACAAAAGCUGCCACUGCUUUGAAGAGUAAAUACACUUCAGGUCAAAGUUUAGACAAGGACCUGUUGUGUGAUGUUGAAACUGAGCCAGUGAUUGACUACGUGGAACCAAUAGAUGAUGAUCUCCCCAGCGCAGAUGAAAACAACAUCCUCAACUCAACUGCUCAUUCACAGAUUCAGACUUGUGUUAAUCCAAAUGCAAACAGGAGAAGAAUGGGUCGGGCAAGAAAGCGCACAAUGUGUCCAUGUUGCAUUCCUGGUGCUCUGGAUCCUGCAGUGAAGUCCAGCGUGAGGUUAGAAGAACUAGAGAGAUGGUCAUGGACAACAGAGCAGUCGAGUAAAAAAGGAAGGCGAAGGCCGACAAAGGCUCCAAAACAAGAUGGGAAAACACCUAGAAGGAUCAAUUGCAUUAUGGCCAAGAACAAGCAGAACUGUAAAGCUUACAAGGUUCCAGACAGUGACAGCUUAUCUGCAACAUCCAUGGUCUCUGAUGAGCUAAAACGACACAAACAAAUCAGAAGACUCAAAGAGCUUCUGAAAGAAAACGAGGCCACUUUAGAAAUAAUGAGAAACAGCUCGAUUUCAGACUAGAAAGCCAACAUCUCAAACUCUAAUGAUCUAAUGGUUGUGAUAAUGUGAUUCAUGUUUCAUAUAUAGGUUAUUGCUAUUAUUUCCUGUUGUUGGAAUUAACAAAGAAACUAAUACAACAAACCUUUUUUGAUAUUAUUACAGUAUAUCACCCAUAAUGAUCCACAGGUCAAAACGUGUUUGAGUGACUCUACUGGUGUCUGCUUGAGUUGAA